CAUUCUCUUUCUAAGGUUUUCCCUGGGAUUUUCUCACGCGCAUGGAUGUUCCAUUCCUUUGCAUGUAUGCAUGUAUGACAUACAUACAUUCGGCGCCAUCCUUAACUCCUUCCAUCCUUCUACCCAUCUCCUAUAAUACCCUCCGUCCCUACCUCCGUCGUUUGUCCGGAAGCAAGAAAAAAAAAAUGCAGAGAGAGAGAGAGGUAGGGAAACGACAGAGAAGGAGAGAAGGAAACCGACGAAAUCCUCUCGCAUCUAGGGUUGCAGAAACUCUAACCGGUUUUUCUAUCCCUUUUCUCUCUCUCCAACGCCCUACAUUCUGAAAAUCCCUGGAAUUUUCAUCCUAUGUUUCUUCCAUGCGCUCCUUGAUCUGCAUUACCAGGAUUUUCUGGAGAGAAAACGGGGGGUUUCUAGGGUUUAUAGCUGAGAAAGAAUAGAAGCCUCUGAAAUCCCAAUUUUUUCCUGAAAUUUAUAGAAAUCUGUUCUGUUUUCCUGUUUAUAAAGAUGGAUCUGACCAUCGUAGAUCUUCAAGGUGCUUUGUGUUUGUCACUUCAAAGUUUUCUGGAGAGGAAUCGAGAGGUUUUCGGGUUGCUGGCUUCAGUGAUACUAAAUCCUCGGAAUUUGACUUUUCCCAUCUCCUUUUUGGAGACAUCUACCAUUUUUUUGCUCAAAUCGGAGCUCAAUCAGUGCGGAAGCUCGGAUCUCUGGAGUUUCCAAACCUUUGGCUUGCUCAUUUUCACUGAAUUUUUCUCGUGUCCUAAAAUUAUUUGGCAAAGAAAAUGGACGGGGUGAAUUUCUCAUCAACAUUACAGUGGCCCUACCUAGCUCCCAUGGCAAGAAGUUCAUGGGAAAGAUUUCCGAAGAAAAGUCUGGUGGGUUUGUCACUUCUGAGAGCCAUUCCGAAGAAAAGCGUGUUGACAAUAUAGUGGGUAUUGCAUAUGUAAUGGAUAUGCUGAUUUAUGUUGAAAAGGUUGAUAAACUAGAAAGUUCUACCGUGGGAGCAAUUGCGCAUAAGCCUACCUACUUUGUACCUGGAUAUGGUGAAGCUUGUGAUUCAGAGAUAUACUAGAGAAGCUGGUGUGCGAAAUCUAGAGAGAAACUUAGCUACCCUGGCUCGUGCAGCUGCUGUCAAAGUUGCUGAGCAAGAAUGUGCAGUUCCAGCUAGCAAAGAUGUAUACCCGAUGGCAGAAUGACUUCUUGAUACAAGACUUGCAGUUGGUGCUGAAGUUAAAAUGGAAGUCAUUCCAAUGGGUGUUAACGGACAUGAAAUAUCAAAUGCUCUUAGGAGUACCCCGGCAUUGGUUGUAGAUGAGGCUAUGCUGGAAAAGAUACUGGGGGUAAUACAUCUUUUUUCUUGUUAGUCAAGAACCUCUUUUAUGAAAUUUUAUCUUUAUGCUAAUGUGUCAAGUUUAUGUUUUUUCAUUCAUAUGGUGAACAAAUCUGAUGGUAUAUAUUCUGUAUUGACACUGGUAUGCAGCCUCCUAGGUUUGAUGAUGGAGAAACUGCAGAAUGUAUGGCAACUCCUGGAGUAUCAA